AUGCCCGUCUCUCACCUCACCCUGACGGUUGCUCACCUGCCUACCUCCACAUCUUUCUUUCUUUCCUGCCUACAACCUCUGGGGUACCAAUUCAUUGGACGUCACGAUGACUACAUUGGUUUCGGUCAAAAGACCGGCGAGCCCGCAGAUUUCUGGAUCACGGAACAAAAACCAGGCGUACCUGCAGGUGCCGCUCAUGUCGCCUUCCCUGCAGCAUCCAAGGAUGCUGUGAGCACCUUCUUUAUCAAUGCCCUCAAGGCAGGAGGCAAGAUCCAUGGCGAGCCUAAGCAACGCGACUCCGACUCUGGUUACUACAGCGCCGCCGUCAUCGACUUUGAUGGCAACAGCAUUGAGGCAGUAUACCGCCCUAGCAUCUCAUCAGCCCGCUCAGAGGUCCGGUCCGUGGCCAAGUCUGUGGCCAAGUCGGAAGCCAGAUCUGAAGCCAGGUCUGAGCUCACUAGGCCAGCCCUGGCUUUGCUCGAGAACGGCUCGGUUGUAUCGAAGGCGAGCAGCAAAGCCAGCUCAGUCCGUCCCGAGAGCGUUGCGCCUCCCAAGUCUGAAGCUCGCUCGUAUGUUUCCAGGUCCUCGACGGCCGUGGACAGAGCGCCUCCCCCGUACGAGCGCGCGCCGUCCACCAUCAGCAUUAGCCGUGAAUCCCAGCAGCCUCGCGAGAUGCAGCCAGCCCCGUCGCCCACGUAUAUUGUGCACCACACGACUCACACCACCACUCAGCACAAGACUGACGAUGGUAAGACGGCCAAGACCAUUGUCGGUACCCUGAUUGGCGCUGCGGCUGGCGCUGCACUCGCAUAUGCCAUGACCAAGUCCGACUCCUCAGAACAACAUUCCGAGGGCAGUACCCCUCCCCCGCAGUAUUCGCCCCGGGACAUUGUCCAGAUGCUCUCCCCGUCCCAAGCACCCUCUCAAGCCCAGGAAGAAUACCCUGGCUACAAGGCUAUCGAGGCUCCUCCCCCGCGGAGCGUUUAUUCUUCUCGGUCGGAUGCCCGCCCGGGCCUCACCCGCAGUGUGACCUCGAAGAACCCCCGCGCAGACACCAUCUACGAGGGCACGGAGUUUGUCCCCCGCGGCGGCAGCGUCUAUCUCGAUGAGAAUGGCCGUCGAGCCUCCGAGGGCAGCGUGUACACCACCAAGGAUAUCCCCCUGCGAGCGAUCGAGUACGCCCCGCCGGCCGAUUCCCGAGGCUACCAGAGCACCCUGGUCAGCAGCUUCCGUGAGGACAAGUCGCGGGCGAUGGAUGGUGGCAGCGUCUACUCAUCCGCCACGGUUCGGCCUCCCUCCAAGGCCAACUACCAAGAGUCCCACCACAGCUCUCAUCACUCCUCGCACCAUUCCUACCACUCCGUGAGCCGAUCGCAAGCCGGCAGCACCGCCUCUUCCAACCGCACUGCCCGCCAGGUUCCUCUCCCGGAGGGAUCCAUUGCCUCCUUCGCCUCUUACCGCAGCGGUGCCAAAUCGGGCGUCUCCGCUCGUGAGGUUCCUCUUCCCGAGAGUGUCGUCGACCUCGACGUCCAGAGCCACGUCACCCCUGACGACUCGAUCAGUCAAGUGGACGACUCCCGGCGGUCCUCCUACUCGCACCGGUCGCAUGCUUCCAAGAGCCCUUCCAAGGUGUCGAAGCACUCCAAGUUCGACGAGCCCGUCAAGCCCAGCGACAGUGUCAGCCAAGUCUCUACCAACGUCUCCAGAGCGUCUCAGCGGACCAUGAAGGCUGGUGGUAGUGGUGGUGGCGGCAGUGUCGCUCCGUCCAAGGCUGCCUCGAAAGUGAGUCGCCGAACUGCCAGCCAGGUGGCUUAG